CUCAAAUGGCUAAUUUUCAUGUUCAGAGGACUAUCCACAGCUUCACAACUCCAAUGCACAGGAAAGUUGUGUUUUCUUGCAAGAGAAGAAGCCUUCUUCGAAAAGAGUAAACUAUUCCAGACAGUAGCGGAUCUCUAUUGAAUACCAUCUUCUGAUGGUUUCUGCGUCAACAUGUAUUUGCAAAAUUUGCAUUCGAUAAAACAUCAUAACACCAUUACCCAUUUUGGAUGACUUUGAACUGAGCGUUUUCCUGGUUUUUCCAAUUUUCCCCUUUUUAUGCGAUAAAAUCAUUUCGGGGGAAACGAGAUUUUGAAUGAUAAUAUGGAAUUUUUGACUGGACUCCAUGCAUUCAUCAUUGGUGUAUUUCCUUAUCCGGGACCCACAAGCGCUCAUCCUAUUGGCUGUUUGCAUCACAUGAACAGCUAACUUUAUACACUUGACAGCAAGUAGGAGGGUUUUAUGGAACAGAAAAACGACAACGCGAGAAAAAUUAGUAUUUUGCACUUCAGAAAUUAAUGACCAUGAGUUCGUUUUUGAUAAACUCCAACUACGUUGAGCCAAAAUUUCCACCUUGUGAGGAAUAUUCUCAAAAUAACUACAUACCAAGCCAAUCUCCUGAAUACUACGAGCGGCCGCGGGACCCUGGAUUCCAUCAUGAGGCACUAUACCCACAAUCAAACUACCCAGAGCCGACCUACAGCUUCAACAAUGUCCAAGGCACUGGCAACCAAGACAUGUCGCAAAGGGGUCAUGUGCAGUCGCAGGCUAGCCUCCAAAAUCACAUACCGAGACAGAAUCAGCUUUGUGAAGUGGUCCCAGUAACCACACCAGCUUUGUGUAGCCAGAAUGCGAAAAAUCCCAGUGCCCAGAAAGGUACUCUCAGCAAAGAGCCCAUAGUUUACCCGUGGAUGAAGAAAAUUCACGUUACAACCGUGAACCCAAGUUACACUGGAGGAGAGCCCAAACGGUCUCGAACUGCUUACACGAGACAACAAGUAUUAGAGCUGGAGAAGGAGUUCCAUUUUAACCGUUACCUAACCAGGCGUCGACGCAUUGAGAUUGCACACACUCUUUGCCUGUCUGAACGCCAGGUGAAGAUCUGGUUUCAGAACAGAAGGAUGAAAUGGAAGAAAGAUCAUAAACUGCCUAACACUAAGAUGCGUUCUGCUAGCUCAUCUUCUACAAGCCAGCAAACACAAGUAUCCUCCCAGGGCCCACAGCCAGAUGGUUCAACACCAAAUUCAUCAAGUCUAUAGCUGCUUCGUCUCUCCAACCCCUCUCCCACAAUAUAGUUUGGACCAAAAUGUGUUUGCCACAUUACUGACUUGAAUGAGGCGGGAUUUCUUGCAGCGAAUUUUUUUUCCAGGGUAGGUGCUAUUAACCCCAAAAGGGACAAACAUUACUGUUCUAUUAACUCAUUCCCUGCAGACUUUCAGAGUGUUUUCUGUUUGCUAGGAUACAUUCGGCAUCCUUCAUUACCUCCACAUGAACCGAUGCAAGGUUCUAUCAAAGUGGCUUCUUCCCUGAUAUUCAAAGCAAAAAGAAAAAAAAGGACAGUGAAUAAUAGAUAUUGUGAGGAACUGUAAGCGUCAUAAUCACAACUAGUGUAGUCUGUUGGAAUAUUUGUGAGAAUUUAAGAAUAAGUCUGUUUUAGAAAAUGAGAAAGGCAGCAAUAUGUGUGGAUGUGGAACAUGGUUUUAGAGCAAAUAAACUGUCCAGAUGCUACAUAUAUAGGAAAUAAAUUAUGUCGCCAGCGCUAUUUAAGGUGUUUUAUUUUAAACCUGUAUUCUCUAUAUAGUCGUGUUACUGAUAUCAGUAUAACGAAGGAUCUUAUACAGAAAUUUCAAAUGAGUGGUUGUAUAUUUAACAAUUUUGGUACAGUCCAAACUGUGACGAAACCAUACAAAUCAUUGGUAAGAUUUGUGUAUUUUUCUGUGGAUAUUUCAGUGUGCUAUGUGCAGUGCCAAAUGUUGCUAAAACGAAAGACAAAAAUUGCAGUGUAAAAUGAAGCCACAGGCUUUAAAUAAAUGUUAAUUCGUGGACCAGC